AAUCUCCCUCCAGCCGCCUCCCCACCUUCCCCUCACACAGGUCCUUAUGUAACCCCAGUACCAUAUCUUGGACCCUUCCCAGGCCUGCAUCUUCCACAAGCUCAGAGCAGCCUCUCUACCCCUUGGAGCCCCUUGAGAUUUUUAAGGGCAGUGGGUGUGACCCCAGUUCUGGUGUCCUCAUCUCCCCAUCAAAGCUCCACUGUUUCAGCAGUUUGGGUGCCGGUCAAUUUCUAUGCCAUAGAAUUUACCAGUGCUGUCCUCUUAGCCUCUAACCUGGCUUCCGAGAUACUGUCUGCAGGGAGCCUGGUCAAAGUGGGCGGGGCAGCCUCUGGAGGUGUCUUGGCAGGACUUCCUUGGCUAAGACUCACCCUGUCAUCCAACGCUGCCCUGGCUGGGGCCACAUCUACCCUGGGAUCCUUGCUGGGGACGCUGAAUGGCUCCUACCUGCUAGGAUGCCCUGCUGCGGCCCUGACCGCUUUCCCACUAGGAGAUAACUGGCCCUGGGUGAUAGAUACCCCUCCUUGGACGCCUACCCAGCACAUGGGAUCAAACCACCACGCCCUAAAUUACUUUGCCAAGAGUCCCGCAUUCACUGUGAAGGGGGCUGCAGCGGCACACCUUCCUUCCCAAAUCUCCAAGGCUGCUGCAGCUGUGGCGGGAGGAGCCGUGGCCGUGGGGGCUGUGCCCGUGGUGCUGGGCGCCAUGGGCUUCACCGGGGCAGGAAGCACAGCCUCCUCCUUAGCGGCCAAGAUGAUGUCAGCGGCCGCCAUGGCCGAUGGGGGCGGAGUUGCCGCCGGCAGCCCGGCGGCCACUCUCCAGUCCGUGGGUGAGUGUCCCCGAUGGGGCUUGCUGUGGAAGGUGAGGGAGGACAAGAGCCUCAGAGCAUCCAGCCCUGACCUUAGCCCUGGUGAGCCCCAGUCUGCCUGUGCCUUUGUCUCACCCUCCGUGGUCACUCUCUCUGGGUCUCUGAAGCAGGUGCGUUGCUGGGGGAAGGUGCUCUGGCCUAGGGUGUGCUCGGCUCAGGCUGACUCUGCCCAAAGCAGACUUUCUGAGUUAGCUGGGGCGUCUCUGUCCCACCUGGGGCUCGGCCUUCUUCCCCAGAGAGAGAGGCAGCUCCCAGCACUCGGUUUCACCACCGGAGUUCAUGCCUUUGGGUACCUGCUUGCAGCAGCCUUGCCCAAACAGAGAUCCUUGGGGGUUGGGGAAACAGAGAAGGGUUCUGGGUGGGAUCUCUGGGCCUGAGGUCCUCCUGACAGGCCCUGGAGUCUCGGACCCUAUGGUUCUGCCCCACAAGCUGCCCCAGCCUGCCCAUCCCAUUCUACUCACCCUCUGCUUCUCCCCCAGGAUCAGGUGGAUUCUCUCUGUCACCCAAAGUCCUCCUGGGAUCCACUGGGUUUGCCCUUGUGUCCCUCGUGGUGGGCUUGUGACAGCUCCCUGUCACUCCCUUUGCAGAGAAGAGGACCAGGUAGUGCCCUGCUCGCCAGCCUGAUGAAGGAAGGGACCAAACGCUGCACCCCCAGAGGAAAAUAAGAAAUAAAAAUGAGUUGUUGCAACCCCUCCGCAUCCCUUCCUCUUGUUUGCCUGAAGUCGCGGUGGGGGAAGGCUCACUUCUCUUAGAGCGACAUGGUGUCGGGGUGCCCAGAGAUGGACUGAGUCAAACGGUGAAGCCUGGAACCUGUCCUUGCCCAGCUUCAGACUCUGUGUGUGACCCUGAGUGGGUCACCUCCGCUCUGGGCCUGUAUUCGGCCCUCUCUAUAUGGGGAGUUGGUCUGAAAGACCUCAAAGGUCCCAGCCAGGGUGGGUGUUUUGGCUCAGUUCCUGUGCAGAGUCAGGAAUGGAAGGGGAGGGAGCAUCCUGUGUGGAGCCUCAUUUGCACGCACCCCACUCCUACCCUCUGCAUAUGCAAUGGCUAUUUCCUAAGUGGCCUGGCUGAGGCUCAGAAAGCAACGGCCCCAGGACGUCACUGGUUCCUCCCAAAGUCAAAGUCCAGCGCCCUGGCCUUUCUCCCCCAACAGCUAGAAAGAAAAUCUAGUUUGUCAAGGGCUCUGAUCUUUCUGCUUCAGGACCAUGGUCCCUAAAUAUCCUUCU